AUGGAUCCAUAUCGAAAAAGCACACUCUACGAUCUGAGCGGUCUAAAACUUCAGCCAGGAGCUAACAGGGUCAACGCAACACCCAGCUCCAAAGUCAGGCCUUCUCAGAGCAGCGUCAGGCUACAAGACACUCGUGGAAACUGGACAGCUCGAGACGCUGGAGGGCCUUCUCGUGUUUCGAAAUUCUAUCCCCGCUCCAGUGGAUCUAAAUCCUCGGAGGGUGCUGCUGAUGACAACGGUGCCGUCGAAGAUGGGCUCGCGGAAGAACUCGACCAACUGGAACCGUCGUCUCGAAAUGUGGCCGAACGGCAACGACAGAAAGGGCAGAAGGAAGGGUCUGGAGUCGAUGAUGCCUCAGUUGAGGGUGCGAAACGUAAAGAUGAAGGCCGGAAAGAAGGGAGGCCAUCCAAAAGGCUUAGAUUCUCCGAAGGACUGGAAUAUUUGGUUCGGGAGGCCGAGGAAGCGACGCGAGGAGGGUCACCUGGACCAAGCGAUAGACUCCCUCUUCCUACCCCGGAGUUACUCCAAUCCAUCCACGUUUUCGCAGCCCAGUAUUACCACGAGAAAGGCCUGCUGACCAACCUCUCUGCAACGGCACGCCAGGAGAGGAAGAAGAGAAAACGGAAAGCGAGGGCCGAGAAGAGCGGGCAGGCUUAUCAGUCUGGGGAAUCGGACCACGAGAACGCGUCAACCGACUCCUCUUCUUCCAGUAGCUCUGAAAGUGAGACCGAGUCUGCGAUCCAGCGACGAGAUUCCCGGCGUUCGGAACGAUUUCGUGAUAUGUAUAGGGCAUUCGAUGGGUCUGCUUUGCUUGCACUGGGCAUUCUGGUUCAGGAGUUUGUCAAAGACAACCUCCGAGCCAAUAUCCCUGCUGAAUGGGAAGGUCAAACGCGGGAAUCUCUAGGAGAUGAGGCACGCGAUUCGGAUUCGGACGAUCGGGAGGUGGAGGAGGACCCAAUAGAACCGGAAGACGCCAGAAGUCCUUCGCUACCUCUAGACCGCUCUUCCCUAUCCCCUAGAGAAACAACAGUUUCAGAUUGA